GGCAUACAGUCACUGGAGGAAUAUGUGAGUCUUGUGGUACUGGUGGAUGUUUGAAGUGGUAGACCAGAGCACCAACGAUGACAGUGGUGGUUAUGAUAACCAGUAGCAGGAGAACCGGGACUGCAACAGCCACUCCAAUGACCCAGGAAUCUGGACCAGAGCUGUCACUAGACUCUCGGUUUAGACCAGCUUUGAGAGACAGGGAUGAGAUGGAGGGAGAAAUCCAGAAUAAUGUUAUUAUUAUGAUUUUUGACACACAUGAAUGCAACACUAUGGUUCGUGCUAUAAUAACUGCCUAAAGAGAGAGCUAUAGGUACAUGAAUGCUGGUUCAGAAGUUCUAACCAAUGGGAUUAUUACCUGGGCCAGCUAUUGCCCACUUAUUGCAUACUAGAGGCAUGAACAAUUGUCUAAAACGUAGCCAUCUCAUGA